UUGAACUGACAGGACCGAGUUGAUCAACUCGGCUCUUUGGUAGGACGAUGCGGCCCCAAGUAGAGGUUUUUGACCAAUUUGAGAUAAAUAUCUGAAGCUGGACGAGAGGAAUCUUGUUGGAUAUCGACCAGCCUCCUUCUUUUAGGACUUGCAUCCGCGAGGAAUUAUAAUUAGGAUUUUCUUUUAAGAUUGUCCGAGAACAACUACAUGAUUAUUCCAACACUGUAUUUGGAUCUAUGUUGGUUUUGCCCCCUAAGCCCCAAAACAAGGUGUUUUAGUGUAAUGUUCCGGAUAUGUUUUUUCGCAUGCGGGCUUGCUAAGUGAGUGAUGAUUGAUUUGGAUAUGUCAGCACCGCUGAGCGCUCAUCCGCACACUCCAUCAUUCAACGCCGGGGAAAGUAAGAAACCACCUGUUGUGAAUGCUUACUGGAACUUCCCACGGAUAUACUGAGGCUGCUAAAACAAGACAUCAGAAAAGCGCAUCAGCGUCCGCACAUGUGACGUGUAAAAGCGUGAAAUAUGUUGCCAUGGUGGCACCGGUUAAGAUGAGGACUGUUGGCCACCAGUUGCUGCGCUCAGAAUGGCUCGCGAGGACGCGGUGAGGUGCCUCCGCUGCCUGCUCUACGCUCUCAAUUUACUCUUCUGGCUCAUGUCGGUAUGUGUGCUGGGCGUGGCAGCUUGGCUCAGGGACUACCUGAACACUGUGCUCACCCUGACAGCCCACACCAGGCUGGAAGAAGCUGCUGUCCUCACGUAUUCCCCGGCUGUGCAUCCAGUCAUCAUUGCUGUGUGCUGUUUUCUAAUCAUCGUGGCUAUGGUGGGCUACUGCGGCACACUGAAAUGCAAUCUUCUCCUUCUGUCCUGGUACUUUGGCAGCUUGUUGGUCAUCUUCUGUGUGGAGCUGGCCAGCGGCGUGUGGAACUAUGACGAGCCGUCCAUGCAGCGUUCAGACAUGAUCAGUCUGAAGUCCAGGAUGCCUAACUACGGCCUGCAGCGCUACCAGUGGCUCACACACGCCUGGAACACCUUCCAAACAGAGUUCAAGUGUUGUGGGGUAAUCUACUUCACCGAUUGGCUGGAGAUGACAGAGAUGGAAUGGCCCCCAGACUCCUGCUGCGCCAAUCAGUAUCCGGGAUGCGCUCGCCACGCCCACUACCGUGACCUCAGCGACCUCCACCAAGAAGGCUGCGGGCCGAAGGUCUACAGUUUCAUCCGCGGGACAAAGCAGCUGCAGGUGCUGCGCUUCCUGGGCGUGUCCGUGGGCGUGGCCCAGAUCCUCGCCAUGACCCUGACCCUGACCCUGCUGUGGGCGCUCUACUACGACCGCAAGCCCCCCGAGCCCGCCCCGCCCCCAGACCUCCCGCAGAGCGCUGACCACGCCCACCAGGGCGACCUCCCGAAGCCAGGGAGCACCCACCCGGAGGAGGCGUGGUCUAACACGGCCACGGUCAACGGGCACACCCAGUUUGAGAUGGAGAGACUGUCCUAGCGCCCCCCCCCCCACACCAUCAUCACACCAACCAUACGUGGAGGUCAAGAGACAGAAGGAAAGAAAGUUGGGAUUGUCAAAUGACUUUGAACCAGGACUUAUUAAGGACUUAUGUUGGGUAUUUAACCACUCAAUUCAGGAGCUGUUGUGUCUGGUCUGACCGUCCUAGCAUCACUGCUCUACAACCAUGGGAAUACCACCACUAGCGAAGACACCAUAGGACUGCUUUUAUCCUGUAUGGCGCCUUAAGUCUUAAUGUAACUGCCCUGAAGCAUGCGUUUCCCAUGGUGUGACUUGAGGGAAACAACGGCUGCAGCCAAACUCUUGGCAGGACUACAAAACUGCCAGAGAGCAUCAUGGGAAGUGGAGUUGUCAGCACUGGCCUUUGCUACGGCGCGCGUUAAAUGUAGCGUUUCUUGGGACAGUGGAAAACCCAAUGCCGUAUGAAAUAAGCUGUCAGAGAUAUUAAUGGCCGACCGUCAGUCGGUGUAAUAUCACCGUUUGAAAAGCAAUGGUGCGUGAUCUUGAGUGCUUAACUGGCUACAGUAAGAACAACGUAUUUGAGUUUAAAGUCUGUACAUUUGAUUCUUUUCGAGCUGUGUGAAAUAUAGAUUGCUGGCAUGGUAACGUGAGCCCAGCCACAUGUUGAGGGGUUGCUGGACACAAUGUUCCCCUGUUCAAAACGACAGCUUGAAAAUACACGCUCUCUGCAAACCA